AUGCAUGAAGAAGAACAACUGCAUGAUGAGGAAAAAACAGGCAGUGCCGCCUUACAGCAGGCUGGAAAAGUUCGUGGCCAGAAUGCUCAAAGUGCAAUGGAUGUUGAAGUUCUUUGCACGGAUCAUUUAAGAAAAAGUAGUGAUACUAGAGACUCCUCUUCUGAAGCUGUAACUCUAUGUAAACCAGGAAAAACCCAUGCAUUGAUAAGAGAUGAAGCUCAAGAUUUAUCAAGUGAUGAUCUUAAAGCAACAGAAACCCCUCAUUUAGGCAGAUCACUUCCUUAUUUGGACUUCUCUGUUAUCCCCACUGAUUCGCGUGGCACUGUGGAAUGCAAUGUUGACUUAAACUUGAGUUCUCAGAAGCAACCUGACCUGGCCGUGCCAAAAACUAUGUGGGACUCCUUGGAUUCUACUAGCAGAAAUAAUGCCACUGUAUUGCAUGAACUGUCUCCUCCAGAAAUGUCAGCUGCAAGAAUUGAAAGAGUAGAAACUCAUGCUUCACGGUUACACAAAGAUGCAUUUGAAUUUUUAGAAGUUGCUGACAGCUGCAAAGAUGAUGAUAAAGUUAGUCCUCUAUUUUCCAAGGAAAUUACACCCAAAAACCAAUGUCUGCAGCUAUUUUCAGAAGAAAAAACCAGUGACAUUUUUCGCCCGGUGACAACACAGCCUGUGGCGGCGUCUUCUAUAGCUUCAGAACAAAGAAAAAUUCUUCAGUUGGGAGGCAAAAAUAAUCAACCAGAACAAGAAUCUCCUCUGUUACUAGGUCUAUCCUUACCAGAAAACCCUUUAACUGCAGGAUGUGCAACCAAUACCUGCUUCAGUGCGUUUCCCUUCUUGAACUCUGUCAUUGAAACCAGAGAAUUUAUCCGAGAUGCAGCACUCCAAUCUUCCUCGAGCCAUUUAUCAUCAGUAUUGAGACACAGGCUUAUGCAUGAUAGCAUUGCAAGCCGAGCAAGAGCUUUCAAUGAAUGGAGUAGUUUUCAUGACAAAUGUAAGCCAUAUAGUACAAUGUGGUCUGAAGAGGAGUUGGAUUUUCUAUGGAUAGGUGUGAGGAGACAUGGAAGGGACAAUUGGGAUGCUAUGUUAAGGGAUCCAAGAUUGCACUUCUCAUCAUGGAGGGUGGCAAGGGACUUAGCUGAGCGGUGGGAAGAGGAACAGUCAAAACUUUUGAGUGGCAUAUGUGUUCCUCAAUUCAAGUACUCGAUAGCACAAGGCAGUUCUUUGGACUACCACUACUUCUUGGGUCCAAAAACAGGAAUCUGGAAAGAAAAUACAGCAGAUGAACCCGGACUUUCAUUUUGCAAUGUUGAUGCUUGUAGAGGAGGUAAUGCCUGGAGGAGGCCACUAUUCCAGCCGGCUUAUACUUGCAGUAAUGGCAAUGAACACCUCCAGAGGCCUAUUAGUUACACAAAGAGGACAUCUCAUUUUGGUUUCCGAAGGGAGAAGUAUGACGAGGUUCCCACCCAAAGGGAUGCAUAUGGGAAUAAGUCUAGUGGCAAGAAAGUUGGCUCAUCUUCAAAUGCUAAUGCUGGAGCAUUGGUUGAUGAUAAUAAUGUUGGAGGGAGGUCAGUUUCUCAAUUGCAGCAGCAGCAGCAGCAGCAGCAUUUGAAAGAAAAAGCGGCUCUGAAUGUGAUGGUAGCUCGCCAAGAUUGA